CCCUAAGCAGUCUAUCACAAGUUCACGACUCAUAUGCCACCUAUUGUAUAAAAACCAUGUUCACCAUCAUUGGAUUGUUACGAGUCAAUCGAGAGAUAUAGCGGGCCAGCAACAUGUUUAAUAUUUUAUCAAAGGGUGUUUUGGCAAACUAUCCUCUUUCUACCUUCUUCAACAUCUAUCCCUCCCUCACUUAUCUGAGAUAUGAAUUUUAACUUUCUAGUUUCUACUGCGGAGUAUCUAUCAUGCCAUUAAGCUUCCCAUUUCUUGUAUGAAUUGAGUAUUUGAGUGUGUCAUGUACAUCCUUCAGCAAAAUUCUAUCUUCUUGUUUAAUUUGGGUAAUACCUUUCAACUAUUUCAAGUUCCAAUUUUUAUUCUCUGCUGUUCAAAUUACAUUCAAACUUUGAUAAUUACGAAGAGGGAUGUAGCCAAUUUGAUUAAAUUUUGGUGGGUUUAAUAUAUUUUUUUUAUUUAUUUUUUGGGGUAGCGCUUUCAGGUGAGCUUAGAGAAGCGGCUGCAAUGCCAGUGAAUUCAAUGAGUUGCAUUUCAUUGCCUAUGGGGUUCAUGCUUCAGACACCUGCCAUUGGAGUUGUUUCUAAUGUGAGAAGAAAGAAUGAGCAAAAAUUGGUUUUAGUAUUGAGACGACGAAAUUAUGUUAAUAAUGCUCUCUCAGCUUCACAGAUAGAGAGAGACAAUAUUGUGAAAGAAGACACUAAAUUUAAGUCUUCAUUUGACAAGUAUUUGAAGGCGAUGGAGUCUAUUAGACUUGAUAGAGAGAAGAAGAAAGUUAAGGGAGGGAGUGGCCCUGGAAAGAAGCAUACUGAUGUUGCAUUCAGUAAAGAUGUUCCAAAGCAUCGGAAACGGGGUGAGACUGUUCAAGAAACGUGGCUUCAAAAGUCGGAUUCUAAGGAAGGAGAUAAACGCUAUGAAAGAGUUGCUAAAAAGAAAGAGGUGGGUGGUAAGGUUCAAGCAAGAAGCAAUGUUGCAUUCAGACCACAGAAAGUGUUGAGCUAUGUAGGAUCAAAAACUGGUUUGAGCAAGAAACUUGAUGUGGCCACCACUGCUUCUACAAGGACCAAGUUCAUUAAAGAGAAGAGCAUGCCAGUGAACGAGAUGAGUGUUGAUGAUGAUUUGGGGACGGAAAGGUUUAUCUUCCAACAGUCUGAGUUGCUUAAUGGUGACCUGGAUGGUCCGCGAGUUUCAAAGAUGAUAAUGGAUGAAAGGAUAGAGAAUCUUGCUAAAUGUUUAAAUUAUGCUGAUAUGGACAUGCCAGAGUGGAUGUUUGCUAAGAUAAUGAGAAGUGCCAGAAUUAGAUAUUCUGAUCAUUCUAUGUUUAAGGUUAUUCAGAUAUUGGGUAAAUAUGGAAAUUGGCGAAGGGUGCUGCAAUUAAUUGAUUGGCUUCAAAUGCAAGAGCGCUACAAAUCCAAUAAUAUCAGAUAUGUCUACACAGCUGCACUUGGUGUGCUUGGGAAAGCAAGACGACCUGUGGAAGCACUAAAUCUGUUUUGCACGAUGCAGCGACACAAGACUACUUAUCCUGACAUCGUAACUUAUCGCUCAAUUGCUGUUACUCUUGGGCAAGUUGGUCAUAUGAAGGAACUUUUUGAAGUAAUUGACAACAUGAGAUCUAUGCUAAAGAACUUCAAAGUUGAAGAUCACGGUGAUUGGGAUCCACGGCUUGAGCCCGACAUUGUAAUUUACCAUGCUGUUUUGAACGGUUGUGUUAAGAGCAAACAAUGGGAAGGAGCAGUAUGGGUUUUGCAGAAAUUGGAAGAAAUUGGUCAACAGCCAACAAGCACAACAUACGGACUUGCUAUGGAGGUUAUGUUAGCAUGCGGAAAGUACGACUUUGUCUAUGAGUAUUUUAAGGAAGUGCAACGAUUUACUGUCCCUAGUGCUUUAACAUAUAGAGUUCUUGUUAAUACUCUUUGGAAAGAAGGUAAACCAGAUGAGGCUAUUGCAGUUGUUCAAGACAUGGAAUAUCAGGGACAAGUAGGUCCAGCCAGUCUUUAUUAUGACCUCGCUCGUUGUCUCUGUAGUGUGGGAAGGUGUGAAGAAGCACUGAUGCAAGUCGACAAGAUAUGUAAAGUUGCUAGUAAACCUCUGGUAGUGACUUUUACUGGUUUAAUCCAAGCCUGUUUAUCCAGCGGAAAUAUUCAUGAUGCGACAUACAUCUUCAACUAUAUGCAAAAGUAUUGCUCCCCAAAUACUGCAACUUGUAACAUUAUGCUUAAAGCAUAUCUUGGAUAUGGGAUGUUUGAUGAAGCUAAAGAGAUCUUUAAAAAGAUGAUACAAAGUGGACAGGAAAGCAGAAAAACCAAGAGCGGGAUUGUUCCUGAUGCCAGUACAUUCAAUACGAUGCUAGAAGCUUGUAUCCGGGAGGAAAGAUGGGAUGAUUUCGAGUAUGCCUAUGAGCAGAUGCUGAUGCAUGGACAUCCUUUCAAUACCAAGCGACAUCUUUGGAUGGUCCUAAAAGCUUCUGCUGCUGGAAAGGUUGAAGCAGUUGAAGCAACAUGGAGACACUUGGUGCAAGUUGAUCAUAUCCCGCCACCAAAACGCGUUACAGAAAGGUUCAGAUUAAAAAUGGAGGAUGACAAUCUAGUCGAAGCAGUUUCAAGCGUUGCUUGCCAUCCUUCCAGUCAUCAGCAGUCAUAUUCAAAGGAGGCAUGGUUAAAGUUAUUCGAGGAAAAUGCACAUUGUUUCAAGAAAGAAGCUCUUGAGCACUUGAUAUCUGAGGUGAACAAGUCUCUCGCCAAGAGCGAGACACCAAACCUCAUUUUCCAGGAUCUGCUCGACUCUUGUAUGGAAUUUGUUAGGGAUGACAACUUAGUAGCUAGUUCAUCUUGAAUAAACAAAGACCUUGUAAAAUUUCGAUGUUAGGAUUUCCCUUGUUUUAGAGGAAGAUGUUGGAAAUUAUAAUUAAUCACUUGUAUUGAUUUUAUUUGUAGUAUCUAACAAGGAAGGGUCGUCACUCAGGAUACGGCAUGCGCACCAUUAACCUGUGUUAAUUGUUGAA